AUGUCGAGCAGCGAGGAAAAGUUCGAGGGCGUCAUCACGGCCUAUCCCGUCGAGUCGAUCGAGAAGCAGCAGCAGCACGGCGGACCGGGUCUCGACAGCGAGAUGCGGGCCAAGGCCGAGUUCACAAAGCAAGAGUUCUGGGGCGACGACGGCAAGCCCUACCUGCGCGAGUACCGCGGUUCGGGCAAGCUCGAGGGCAAAAAGGCCCUCAUCACCGGCGGCGACUCUGGUAUCGGUCGCUCGGUCGCUGUCCUGUUUGCGCGCGAAGGAGCGGACGUGUCGUUCACCUACUUGCCCGAAGAGGAGUCGGACGCCAAAGAGACGAUCGCGCUCGUCGAGCAGGCGGGCCGCAAGGCGCACGGCAUGGCCGUCGACCUGCAGGACGAGGCCAACUGGACCGGCAUCGUCGAUGAACACUUCAAGGUGUUUGGAAAGCUCGACGUCCUCGUCCCCAACGCCGCGCGCCAGGUCAUGUACGAAGACAUCGGCGACCUGCCCGUCGAAAACAUCAAGAAGACCAUCAACCUCAACCUGAUCUCGCUCAUGGCCGUGGCCAAGUACGCCAUCCCCAAGAUGAAGCGCGGCUCCUCGGUCAUUUUUUCCGCCAGCGUCGCGGCCAACAUGGGCAACCCGAUGUUGCUGGACUACAGCGCCACCAAGGGCGCCAUCGUCACGUUUACGCGCGCGCUCGCGCAGCAGGUCGGUCCCAAGGGCAUCCGUGUCAACUGCGUCAACCCAGGCAUCAUUUACACGCCCCUCCAGCCCGCCAGCAACCCACCGGACAACAUGGACUCGCUGGGAAAGGACCAGGGCCCGCUGCGCCGACCUGCCCAGCCCAUCGAGGUGGCCACGUCGUACGUCUUCCUCGCCGGGCCCGACGGCAGCUUCUUUACCGGCCAGCACCUCCAGCCCGACGGCGGCAUGCGUCCCGAGGCCUAA